UUUUCUCUCUCUAUAUACAACGCCUUGUGGUUCUCUUCUCUCUCUCUCUAUCUCUCUACAUCUCUUGCUUUACAUCGUGCGUUUCUCUACAAUCUCAUCCUCUUCGAUUCGUCCUUUUCUCGAUCAACCACCACCACUGCAACCAUGAGCGACGAGGGAGAAAAGACUUGUCCUCUCUGUGCUGAAGAGAUGGAUUUGACUGAUCAACAACUAAAGCCCUGCAAAUGUGGCUAUGAGAUCUGUGUUUGGUGCUGGCAUCACAUUAUGGACAUGGCUGAGAAGGACGAUACAGAAGGGCGCUGUCCAGCGUGCCGUACCCCUUAUAACAAGGAAAAGAUUGUAGGAACCACAGCAAACUGUGAGAGGUUGGUGGCUGAGAUGAGUACAGAGAGAAAACUAAAAUCACAGAAGUCAAAAAGUAAAACAUCUGAAGGAAGGAAGCAACUUAGCAGUGUGCGGGUGAUUCAGCGGAACCUUGUUUAUAUUGUGGGGUUGCCUCUUAAUCUAGCAGAUGAAGAAGUUCUUCAGCGCAAAGAAUAUUUUGCUCAGUAUGGAAAGGUGCUGAAAGUGUCAAUUUCUCGGACCGCAGCUGGUGCUAUCCAACAUUUUGCAAACAAUACUUGUAGUGUAUAUAUUACUUACUCCAAGGAGGAGGAUGCGGUUCGUUGUAUUCAAUCUGUACAUGGGUUUGUUUUGGAGGGUAGAUCUUUGAGGGCAUGCUUUGGAACCACGAAAUAUUGUCAUGCAUGGCUAAGGAACGUGCCUUGCAGCAAUCCUGAUUGUUUGUAUUUACAUGAGAUUGGUUCACAAGAGGAUAGCUUCACUAAGGAUGAAGUAAUAUCAGCAUAUACAAGGAGUAGAGUUCAACAAAUUACCGGUGUUACAAAUAAUAUGCAAAGGCGUUCGGGAAAUGUGCUACCAUCACCAGCAGAUGAGUACUGCAGUAACAGCUCCGCAUCUUCUGGGAAACCUAUUAGUAAAAGUCCUACAAAUAAUCCGCCAAGUGUUAGAGGUUCUCCGCCAAAUAGCAGCUCUGGUAGAUCAGUUACUCUUCCAGCAGCAGCCUCUUGGGGAAUGCGUGCCUCAAAUAGCCACCCACCAUUGACAAGUUUAGCUUGUUCAAAUGGACCUUCCAAGCAGAAAACUGACUCAUUUAGUGGCUCAAUGGCAUUUUCCACAGCAGUCGCAAACACAACUCAGAUUUCUACAUUGCAUGGCGAUGUAGUAAAGAAGUUUAUUCCUAAUGAAGAGGGUCACACAAUUCCACAUAAGGGUAGGCUAGAGCCAGUGGCUUCUGUGAAACAGUUCAGUGACGUGGAUGGUCGAGCAACUGCACCUGAGACUUGUUUCACACCAGAACCUUCUGCUACAACUAUGAACAGCCAGUUAUAUUACCCACCGUCAUCAAAGGAUAAAAAUGUCAGUAUUACACCCACUUUUACAAAUUCUGUUUCGGAGGGCUGUGACCCUGGUCCAGAAAAAGAUCUUAAUGUUUCUACCGAUAGAAGGAUUCAGAAUUUAUGCUCUGACAUGUCAUCAAUGAGUGUAGAUAGACACCCAGGAGAUGAACAUUCUAGUGACACCAGACAUAAGUCCUCACUUUCUGAUAAUGCCUCAAGUAAAUCACCUGGUAAUUGGGGUUUACAACAAUAUGAUGCCGAUCAGUUUAAAGAACCUUCAACUUCACUUGUAGCAGGGAAUGCUGUGACAUCCACCAAUGAAAUUUUUGUUGCUGGAGAAACAUUUGAUAGGAGAUCAGAGUUAGAAACUCAAGUAUCACAAAGUGCAUAUUGUGAAAAAGAGGAGGCCAUGCCAUCUAUAGAUGGUGAGAGACUGAAGGACCCAGAAGUUGUUUCUCUUGCAAGUUACUUUUCUAAUCCAUCUCAAAAUUUUCAUCAUCCAAAUAGGGUUUACUCUCCUCAGCAUGAGGCUUACAGUCCAAUUAAUUUCAAUGUAGAUCCUCGUAUAGUGGGUAACAUAGCUGAUAAAGUUCCCCUUCCGCAUGCCUCUGGGGUUCUGGUAGCAUCUAAUGGAUACCUUGAGAACCUAGCCAGUGGUUCUGGUGAUUUGGGCAGGAGUUUUGAAUCCUCCUAUUUACUUCCAAGUGAAGGGAAAAGGAAGCAUAUGGAAAGGUUUGAAGGUGAAUCGGCCAAUAUUACCUGCAAUACUGCUCCGGAUAUUGGAGAGAGCAGCAUAAUAUCGAAUAUUUUGUCGUUGGACUGUGAUGCAUGGGAUGAAUCGCUAACCUCGCCCCAGAAUUUGGCUAGGUUGUUGGGUGAAGCUGAAAAGCCACAGGGAUCCGUUAAAGUAUCAAGUUCAUGGAAAGUGCAAAACAGCAACCAGUCCAGGUUCUCCUUUGCAAGACAGGAAGAAUCUAAACAAUCAGAUGUUGAACCAUCUAUCAGUAAUUAUAUUGGUCAAGUGCCACAGAACCGUACCUUCGGCCGUGAUUUUGUCGAAAACAAAGAUUCUUAUUUUGAUAUGUUUGGUAAUUGUAAUGGUUUUUCUUCCCCCAGUGUUGAGGAAUCUGAUAAUUUUGCCGGCAGCCUUUCUCAUCUCUCCUCUAAUAAGCCGUCUGUUUCAAGAUCUCAAAUAUCUGCCCCUCCUGGAUUUUCUGUGCCCAGCAGAGCACCACCACCAGGGUUUACUUCUCACGAGAGAGUUGAACAGGCUUUUGACACUUCGUCUGGGAAUCGUUUCCUUGAUAAUUCCUCCUCAUUUAGAAAUCCGUACCAGGCUCCACCAACUGGGAAUGUUGCUAGCAUGGGGGACAUUGAAUUUAUGGAUCCUGCAAUUUUGGCAGUUGGGAAGGGGAGAAUUCCUGGUGGUCUUAAUAAUCCAGGCUUAGACAUGAGAUCAAAUUUCUCCCCACAGUUGAGUGCUUUUGAAAACGAGGCGAGACUUCAAUUAUUGGCACAGAGAUCUCUUUCUAUGCACCAGAAUCUGAGAUUUUCUGACAUGGGGGAUAAUUUUUCUUCGGUCAACGAUGCUUAUGGAAUUCCUUCAAGAAUUAUGGAGCAAUCUCCAAGUAGCAAUCUAUCCCCAUUUUCGCAAUUCUCUCUUCAACAGUCUAGAAAUGCACUUAUGUCAAAUGGCCACAGGGAUGGUUGGAAUGAGGUUCAGAGUGGAAAUGAUCUUGGUAUGGCGGAUCUCCUCAGAACUGAGAGGCUGGGAUUUAACAAGGUUUAUACUAAUUAUGACGACUCGAAGUUCCGGAUGCCUAGUUCAGGCAAUCUAUAUAACCGGACAUUUGGGAUUUAACUUUAUUGAGGUGACAUAUUUGGCUUCGUGGACGAAAGAUUCGUGCAAAAUGAGAAAUCAAAUGACCAGGUGUCAUUUGAAUUACAGCCUUGCGCUCAGAAGGAUGAAAUUGACUCUUAAUUGGUCUGACUGCACAGAUUGGUGAAGGAUCAAACCCUCCCAAACAGGGGUUUGCAGAAACCAGCAGAUAUUGAAGCAAUUUUACCUGUGUUACAUGGGUACAUGUGUCAGGAGUCCAAGGAGAUGCUAACAUGGUAAGAGGAUUAAUGUUGGUCAAGUGGAAUAUAGUCAGUGCUGCUUAUGGUGAAAACGUCCAAGGUGACACUUCACAAAGUAAAGAUUGCAGCGAGCUCCCAGUGUCAACCACCAAGCCAUGAUCCCCCUAGGGUCUAUAGAUUGGAAUGUCAUGUAACUCCUAAGGUAAGAAUUAUGGCAGAGUGCGAGUUUGAGGAGAGCUUAGCAGGUCAUGCUUUUGACUUAACAGGAAUAAAGUGCAUCAGGGUUGCAUGCUCUCAGAGGUGGCUUUGAUUGAGGACCUAGGUGUUGCAGGGUGAUGGUCGAGAUCAAGGCGUAUGCUUACAGCACAGUGUGCGCUUGAUUUAAGGUCAUGGAGAAGUGUAGUAGAGUAUUGCUUUUAUUUGGUCUAGUUGAGAUCCAAGGUGCACAACUCACCCCGAGGUGAACGUGAGUGAAGAUGUUCCUUGUGCUAUUCUAGAUGCUACUCAUUUGUUAGGAGGUUAUCCAUUUGGUGAUUGUCGAUUCAAGAAUAGGGGAGAUGAAGUACUAACAGACUGGAAAAAUGUUUUUUGUAAUAGGACACCGUCUUAGGAAUACAAUAUUCUUCCGAGUUUAAAAUUUGCUCAAGUUAUAAUCUCUCCUCUUAGAACAAACUACUUUCUGUUAUCCAUUAGUUAAUCACAAUCUUUCUUCGAAUUAUUUAAAUUUAAAUCAUUUAUAUGCUAUAUAACUGAGAUGAGUUUUGACUAUUGCCGACCAAAUUUAGCGUGUGUGAUUGAUUACUUCAUCUUGUAUGGUUGUAUUCAUAUGAUUGUUAUUGU